UGAGACCCACAGUCACCUCAGUUUACAUAUUUCCCCAGGGUCGCAGCAGGGACAAAAAUGGAAAAGUGAAAAAAACUGGAAACUCCACUGGAUUUUAACAAAAUAGACAGGAGAACAACUGUGGUGGGGUAGUUGAUGGUAUCUUCUCGAAUUUGAAUUGAAUUAAAUGGAGAAGAAGAAUAUUUGUUAACAAUAAGAUUCCAAAAAAAUAAAAAUGUUAGAAGAAGACGAAGAUUUAGUGGAAUCAGAAACUCAACUAACCGAUGACCAGAAAAUAGAAAUUGCCAAAUGGUUCCUUCUAAAUGCCCCUGCCGGCGAAAUUCAGUAUGUCGCCAAAGACGUUAGAGCUAUUUUGAAGGACGAGAAUGUAUAUAAGAAAGCAGCUGAGGAAUCAUUUCCCUCGUAUAACAAAUCUCACUUGAUUUGUCUCGAAUUGCCUAACAGAAGUGGCGAUGUACUGAUUACGCCAUUUUGUGAGGUUGAUAAGGAUGAGUAUCUUGAUCCCCGAACUGCCCAGGUUGCCAUAGUUGACCAUGUCAAGCAAGUUUGUAAAGACGUUAGGCCAGCAAGAGAUGAAGAGCUUCCAUCUGCUUUCGUGGAAGAGUAUAGGUCUGCCAUGGAUGCAGAAAUUAUGAAGUAUGUGAGUGAAGCAUAUCCAAAAGGUGUCUGUUCAGUUUACUGUACCGAGGGAAAGGAUGUGGAAGAGCCAGGAUUCGACUUUGAACUUGUUGUGGUGAUUUCAGCUGUUAGGCAUAGUCCUCAGAAUUUCUGCAAUGGAAGCUGGCGAUCAAUAUGGAAUAUUGAAUUUAAGGAUGAAAUUCAAUCCGUAGAAGUGAGAGGGAAAAUGCAGGUUGGCGCCCACUACUUUGAAGAGGGAAACGUGCAGCUAGAUGCAAAACAUGAAUGUAAGGAUACAACGUUAAUUCAGUCCCCAGAUGAUUCUGCAAUUUCCUUGGUCAACAUUAUUCGUCACCAUGAGACCGAGUAUCUGGCUUCUCUUCAGACAUCUUACUUGAAAUUGCCUGAUACCACUUUCAAGGACUUGCGGAGGAAGCUUCCCGUUACCCGUACAUUGUUCCCAUGGCACAACACCGCUCAAUUUAGCCUUACAAGAGACAUCGAAAAGGAACUUGGAAUUGGAAAAUAGAAACGUUUGAUGCCCUUUUAUACAAGCUGAACAUGUAUACACCAUUCUUGAUAGUACAAGCAAGUUUACUUGAAGAUUGCCAUCACCGGCUCUUUGUUGUCUUCUCCCUGUUGUAUUUCUUUGAGAGGGACUUCCGUUUUAUGCUUUCUUACCAUGGUUGUUAAUGUGGGAACUGUUCCUUAGUUGUUCAUUUGGCAGUUGGCCUGAAAGAUUUGUGUAUGCUAUGAAGAGUUGUAAAGUACUGAAUUUGAAGUCUUUCUUCAUGGUUUUUAACCUUGGAAUGUGUGAACGAAGCUGGUAAAGAAUGAUUCUUGUUAAUAUACUUUUUUCAAGGGUUGUUGUUGUUGUUGUA